AUUAGCUCAGCCUCAGAUGUUGCGGUGGGUCGAAACGAUGCGCGCGCACGAUCCGAUCGAUGGUUCCAGUCUCCGCAGCUAGUGACGUCACACAAUACCAUUUUGAUGUUUAUUAGUUUCAACUGUUGUUUACGUUGUUUUUUGGUACUAUUUACGUAUAUCGCGUUAUAAAUAUGAAACGAAAAUUAAACGAUAAAAGGGAUGUUAAUGGAGAUAAUCGAUCGACCGUAGGCUGUCCGUGCCGUGUUAUGGUAGCAGAAGGUCGACGAAGGUGGUGGAUGUAAACAGAGUGAACAUGUCCGAAUCGUUCGGUUUCGAUAUAAGAUUUGUAGAAGGAAUACGAACCGAAACUUUAUAUCAUAUCCGUCCUUUGACGUAAUGUGUGGAUAACGAAAGGAUAAUUUCGACUGUUCUAUGAUAAAAAUUAUAAUAUCGUUCGAUUCAUAUUCAAAAUCGGAAUACGUACCAAAGACGUGUUGUGUUGAUGCCAGAUGAUUUUUGCAUCGAAUUUUCUGACGAUCGUCCAUUUAUUUAAUAGAAAUUAGACAUUGAAUGAAAGAUUGAUCGUAUUCAAAGAAUUUAAAGUGCUGUCCCUGGAGUGUUGGUCUUUGGCCCUGGCUACAAUCGUCAUCCUCAUGCUGGGUGUUUUCAGAAGACAUUGGAAACCCAAAAGAUGGCACGGUCACGUAACCUCCAGGUGCAAACACCUGUUGCUGUCAGUACGCGACGAUGAAGUACGACGGACAAUCGCAUAUUCCAUUACCCGUCAGGACAAGCAAUAGUCGCAAAACUAAAGACAAGAGUAAAGAAACAUCUGAUGACAAAUCCGUCGGUGUUUUGGGUGCUAUUGUUGUUACUGGCCACUUACUGAAAGUGGCAGAUGACGAUGAUAAUGAAAAACAGAAGGAAUUGGACGCCGAGAAAGAAAAGUCCGAUCCGGUGAAGGAACCGGCCGAACGACCACCCACCGAUGGCGAACAGGAGAACGUGCAGAAAGAUGGGUUGAAACAACAAUUGGAAAAGGAAAAAAUGCUUCGUUCUGAAGCAGAAGCACAACUUAGAGAGGUUCAUUUGGAAUGUGAAAGAUGUAAAGUUCGCUUAAAAAGUUUACAAGAUGAUUUCAAAAAAAUGGAAGAAAUGGUAUGCAAUAUGUUACAAUUCAAGUCUCGUAUAGAGCAACUUAAACAUGAAAAAUCAUCAAUUUCUUUAGCUUAUGAGAAUAAAAUUAGGAAAUUUCAAUCAUGUAUUGCAUCAUUAGAAAAAGAAAAUUUCAUGCUUCUGAAUGAACUGAGAACUUUACAAACGAGCUUAAGAGAAGAAUGUAGCAAAUUACAAAGAAGAGUUCAAGAUUUAGAAAGACAGAAUCAUACAUUAACUUUAAUGUUUAAACAAUGCUUGUUUCAUACAGCAGGAAGUUCAGAUCAGUUGGGAUGUGAUUCACAAAAUAAAUGGCAAAAACCAUUGUAUUCUGAAUCAAAUGAAGACUCAUGGCUAGAAAAUGCACAAGUGCAAAAGAAUUUACAGCAACAUGCAAGUCAUGAUUCUCCUUCCCAUAAUAGCCAGUCAGAAGAUAGUACUGAAUCUCUUGCUAGUAUGUGUAGUGAUUAUUCAACUCAUAGUGGUAGCAGUGGAGGGAAUCCUAUGAUGUCUUAUCCAGGUUUACCAAAAAUGAGUUCCCCACCGCAGUGGCUAAAAGAGAGAUCUGUGUAUGAUAAAAAAGGAAAAACUUUCACCAAUGUAUCUUCUACCUCUUAUAUGAAAAGCCCUUUAUGUAAUAAUAAAUCUGGACACAUAAGAUCGAAACUUUCAGAACAAGAUAUUUUACAUCCUUUUGUAUUAGAAUCUGGAAAAACUGAAUACAGAUCUUUAUUUCCUUUACGUGAUAGGAAUCAGUGUAAAAUUAUGACUGAAGGAAUGAUGUAUUCUCCCAUUGCAGUGAACAUACAAGAAAAUGAUGCUUCAAGCAGAGAUGAAGAAUGGACUAAGUGUGGUAAAAUGGAUUUGUCCAAAAAAGUUGUAUUGCAUAAUGACAUAGGCAGUCUGGAUGCAAUGGAAACUCCAAUGGAUGACUGUCUUAAUGUUGAUAGUUUAUCUUUGAUUUCAUCAUCACAAAAAUUGUUAGUAUCUAGUCAAUACAAACCUAACAACAAUUUGAUUUCCAAUGGUUACACAGAAUUGGAAGAAUUCAAUCAGAAUAGUGAAACAAAACCACAAAAUAUUGAUAUUCCUUCAAUAAUAAAUGUUAAUGAAAAUUUAAAUUCUGCUGGUCAGAAUUUUGUAUAUAGAACUAAAUCUAGUAUUUCCGUUCCAACAGUUGUGGCAACAGGUAUUUCUGUUCCUCGACCCACAACAUUAAAUAUCAUUCCACAUGUUAUGAGUGAUCCUGCUCAUAACUUUAGUUUUCCAGCUCUUGAAUGUAAGAGUCAUAUUUUAAAUGAGUGCGGUAAUGUAUAUGAAGACAUAGAUGCUCCUUUAUUUCCUGACACAUCCCAGUAUGAUAAGACAAGUGAAACAGAUUCAGAACGAUUAGAUAAUGAAAAUAUAUUAAAUCAAUUAGGUUCUAGUAGUGAAGAAAGUGAAAUUGCUAUGAACACUGUAAUUAGAAAACCACAUACAAUUAAUGUUACAAAUGAAAUAAAUUGCCAAAGUACAAAUACUCAAUGUAAUGAACAACAGCAACUUAGGAUUCCUGCCAGAGAGCUACCACCAACUCCCAUAAAUGAUUUUGAUCAAAAUAAAUCAUCAGACAAAAAUCAGGAUUGGACAAAUGUAAGUCAAACAUUUGUGCUUAAAACUUGUAUAAGUAGUCCAAUUCCAACUUCUGUUACCAAUCAUGUAACUUUUUCUAUGUCCAACAUUGACACAGUUCAAGAAAGUAAUAGUCCUUUGUCAGUUGUUAGUGAACAUGGUAAUAAAGAUGAAGGUUAUUCCACAAUGUCCAGUGAUGUUCAAGAGAUCACUGGUGAUUGUGUUCCUCAUAUUAGACAGUUAUGUACAAGUCCACUUCCAGUUAAUUCAUUUAGUCACAUUGAAAAAUCUUUAUCAAAUUUGAAUGAAGUUACUGAAGCAGUUUUACCUCCUCAGGAAAAUAAUUUGAACUCAAAACAAUAUCUUCAGCCUUUGUCAGAAGAAGAUACUGAAGAUGCAAGAGUGGAAGAGGAGGAAGAGGAGGCAUGUUCAGGAUUUGAAAGAGAUUUAGAUAGUUCACUAAUAAGAAACGAUAAAAGUAAUUCAGUGAUAAAAGCUGAUUGUGAUGAAAAUGAAAUAGAAACUAUUGAACAAGUGAAUAAUUACAAUGAUGAAUGUAAAAUUCAAAACAGUUGUGAUAGUUCAAGUUUAACCACUUGUACAAAUCCUCUUGGUGAAGAAAUUAUUGAAUCUUCAUUAAAUCAUUCCAUCAAAAGUCGUAUUCUACCAGCAUAUGAUAAAAUUAUAACACUUUUGACACCUCAAGGUUUUAAAUCUCAUAGGAAUGAUCCUAGGCAUAUAACAUUACCUUUCAUUCAGUAUUCCAAAACAGUAGUUGAUAGCACUUAUCCUCCUAAACAACGAACACAAACAGCUGAAAAAGCAACAAUUACAGAUGAAGAUAGUUCAAAUGUUUUAAAAACUGAAUUACUGAAUAAUAGUAGUUUAUCUCUUAUAUCGUUAGAGAAUUCAGAUAAAAGAAAAACUAUUAAAAGUAUGUUUGAAAGUGGGGAUAAUGUGUAUUUUAAUCGCAAAGAUAUUAGGAAUUCUACGGUAUCAGAUUCUUGCAUUGUAUAUAAGGAAAUUAAUAUUAGGCCAAAGAGCAUGAUUAGUUCUGAAGAUUUAGAAUUGUACAAAUUGAAAAAUCGAUUCUGUAAAAGACAUCAUCAUCGCCACCAUCAUCACCAUUAUCAAAAUGAUUAUCAGUGUGUCUGUCAGGAACAAAGAUCAAUGCAGCGUUUUAAAGGCAUUUUAUGUAGUGGAAAGUUGGCACGCACUCUUUCAGAUUCUCAUUUGUUUAUUAGAGAAUAUUAUAAUCCAUCAUUUGAAUUUACCAAGCCUGCCUCAAUUGGAAUAAAAAAUCCUGCCAAAAGGUUUAAUUUAAUUCCACUGGAAUGCCAUACUUCUGCCUGUGAUCUGAGUAGUCCUUCUCGUUUAACUCCACCUUUAAGACGUAGCCAAAGACAAGUUUUAAUAAGUGAUGAUGUAGAAGCAGCUGAAAAACUUCAGCAAGAUAUUUUGAUUAAUCAAGUAAGUUUAUUUCCAAUUUCAAAGAAAGAUUUGAAAGAACUGACAACACAAGUUGCUGAAGAGGACAAAGAAAUAAAAGAAGAAGAAAGACUUUUGAGAUUAUUAGAAAUUGUGAAAGUAGAGAAGAGUGGAGAAGAAGAAAGAAAAGAAAAUCCAGUGCAGUCUGGAGAUAAUGAAGCAGAAAUUGAAAUAAAGCCUGAAUAUAUAGGAAUGGAUGGAAAAACUAAACGGGAAAUUCACUGUACUCCAUACAAUAGAGGAACAGCUGAUCAUAAUUUAGUUAGACGCUUUCCAGGUGUAAAAGCACAGAAAGAUGUGAAUUCACCUGUUGCUGCCUGGAGGUUAUUUUUUACAAAUGAAAUUUUGGAUGAGAUCAUGAAGUAUACAAAUCAACAUAUACAAAAAAUAUGUUCAAACUAUACCUGUGAACAAGAUGAUAUCGACAAAAGCAAAAUCAUUGCAGUAAACAAUAAUAGUGAUAAUAAUAAUAACGAAGUUAACCUAGCAGUAGUAAACAGAAUAAUCAAAGAUAAUGAGAAGAUACUUUCGGAAAAUGAUAGAUAUGAUCUGUUAGUAAGUUUUUGGAAUGUCCAAGGUUUGAGAGGAAAGCUACAGAAAAAUUCGGUGAGAGAGUUCUUAGAUUCAAACGACAUAAUUGGAAUCACAGAAACAUGGAUGUUAAACUUAAGUGCAGAGGAAAAAAAUAUUCUCUCACAAAAUCAUAGUAUCAUAAAUAGUAAUGCUCAACGUAAGAGUAAAUUCGGUCGUCCUGCACGAGGGAUCUUGAUGCUAAUUAAGAAAAGUUUGGGAGACAUAUUUUACCAAUAUAUUUCAGAGUACUUUAUUGUUGCAAUUAUCAAUGUGGAGAGUAAUAUUAAAACAAGAUGGAAUUGCUUAUAUUUGGGGCUAAUAGUGAUGUAUCUUCCACCAUCAAUAGAGAAGAGAAGUGUUUUACGUGUAGUUCAAAAUUAUAUAGAAAGAUGGUCCUUUUUAGUCCAGCAAUGGCUAAUUGGUGGAGAUUUUAAUGCUCGAAUUGGAGAAAACACUGAUACUGAAUUUUCUCAGAAUUUUGACAAUAUUAGUAACAUAAGAACAUCCAAGGAUAAACUGCUAAACAUGGAUGGUAAAGCACUUCUAGAUUUUGUACAAGAUAGUCAAUUAAUAAUUUUGAACGGUAGAUUAAAGGGAGAUAUUCCGGCGGAAUUUACUUUUGUCUCCCCAAAUGGAAAAUCGACGGUUGACUAUAUUAUUUGCUCAGAAUUUAUGAUAGAUUACUGUGAGUCUCUGUCAGUUCUGGAGAACGACUUAUCAGAUCACUUUCCGAUACAACUAGUGUUGAAAUACUACAAAGAUAUAAGAAGAGAGAAAAAGAUCGAAAAAGAACUUCAUACAUGGAGCAUUGACUAUAAACCUUCUUACAAUAAACAGAAAUUGUUAAAUGAGUUCCAAAAUAUAAUUGAUGAAAUGUUAAUUUUAGAGGAAGAUAAUAAGCCAAUUACGAAUUAUCUGAGACUUACAACAAAACUAGAAGAAUACAGAUUUGGGAAAUGCUUAAGUCCCUACAAGCAAACAUAUAAGUGUGAAUGCCAUAAUCAAACUCAAAUGGAAUAUACGUUAUCACAAGUAACGAAUCAUUCAGAAAUAAUUAAGGUGGAAGAAGUUCAGAAUCGGAUUAAAAAACUAAAAGACAAAUCAACACCGGGUCCAGAUAUGAUACCCAACUCGCUUAUUAAAAUAUUUCCUCUAGAGCUCAUCAGUUAUUUGACCAAACAAUUCAACGAAUUCUAUAAUCAAAGUAUAAUUCCGGAUAAAUGGAACGAAUUAAUUUUUACAAUGAUAUAUAAAAAAGGCAAAAGAGAGGAACCUUCAAACUACAGACCAAUAGCAUUGUUAUCGAACCUUCGGAAAAUAUUCACAUCAAUUCUAGCGGAUAAAUUUAAUAUUUGGUCAGCCACAAAUAACUAUAGGAACACUACGCAAUAUGCCUUUGUGGACAGAGGAGGUACCCAAACUGCACUAUUCGUUUUAAUGGCAUCAAUACAAAUACAACUAAUCAAGAAAAGACAUAAAGUCUUUGCUCUUUUCUUAGAUCUAGAAAAAGCGUAUGAUUCGAUUAGCAUAAAUGAUCUUCAGAAAAAAUUGAAAAAACAUAAAGCAGAUGAACACUUGAUUAAAAUGAUAAGUUUGUUGUUUGGGAGAUACGAGACGAUCAUUAAACAAGAUAAUAAUGUCUGGCCACCAUUUAUAACUUAUAGAGGUUUAUUACAGGGAGACCCUCUAUCGCCGUACCUUUUUAAUUUUUACCUAUUCGACUUAAACAAAUGUUUCCUAAGAGAUGAAGACGGCAUCCAAAUAGAUAACCAAAUCAUUCAUUCAAUCUCAUACGCAGACGACAUUGUAUUAGUAGCUCCAACGGCUGCUGCACUUCGCAGGAAAAUUCAACAAAUAACUGAAUACUUGGAAAAUUUAAAAGUUAAAAUAAAUCCCAAAAAAUCAGUUAUAAUGAUUUUUCGUAACGGCAGUAAUUUACCCAAAAAACACAUGUGCUUUUAUAUCAAGAAAGAAGAAUUGAAAAUUGUUAAUGAAGUUAAAUUCUUGGGAAUAACAUUCACGCCUAAUUUAUCAUUUGACAAACAAUAUAAAAGCUCAAUAACAAAGGCUGAUUAUACAUAUGAUGAUGAAGAAAUUGGGAAUUGGAGUUUACAGCUAUCAAAUACUGAGGUGAAAAGUGUAGCGAACAAUAGUACUAUGUGGGAAAAUCAGUGGAAUCAGCCAAAUGAUGCUGUUUUUCCAGAUAAAUCUUAUAUUCAUCAGUUAGAAAAAAUUCAGGAAACAACUUUAGAAGAUGAAUAUCAGGAUGAUUAUUGGAACUCUGGUUUAUGGAAUACUAAUGAGCUGCAAUCAUCACUUCAGUUAGAUGAUAAAACAUGUGAUAAUUUCAUAAACAAAGAAAUUGAAACAACAGAUAUUAAAAAUUCAAUAACUAAUAUAACUGAAGAUAAAAUUGUAUUGUCUCAUCCUGAUGUAGAUAAUAAUGUUGAAAGUAAUGAUCAAAAUGACACUCUUUCCUUGAAAAACUAUGAUUUUCAAGAAAGUUCUGCUAUUACUGUUACAGACACUGAUAUAAUCAGAGAUGAAUGUUGUAAUAUCAUCAUUCCUGAAGAGAAAACUGAUUUUAAUAGUUUACAAUGUGAAGCAACUGAAUUUAAUAGAGAUUUUUAUCGCCUCUGUAUGGUUGGUUCUACUCGAAGUUUAGUAACAUCAGAAUGUGGAAGCCAUACUGGAAGUCAUACUGAAGCAGAACAACCAUCAGAAAAUACAGUAGAACAGAAUGAAACUCAAAUAACAUUACCAGAUCAAGAAUCAAAAGUCACAGUAAAUGAGAGCGAAAUUUCUGUCAUUGAUAAAUCAUCAAAUAAUGAAAGUAAGAUGGAAAAUGAAACUGCUUUGAGUAGUGAAACUACAUGUAAUGAAUCAAAGUGCCAAAUUGAGGAAAACACAGAAAAAGAAAUGACAGGAAAAGAAAUUACAAAAGAUAAAAUUCCUCCUGCUAUUCCUCCAAAAAAGAAGUUACAGAUAACAAAAACAGCAGGUUUAAAGAAUGAUACAAAUUAUUUAGGGCAUCCUUAUAGUAAAGUAACAAUAGACAAACUAUACUUACAUGAAAAAACAAAAAUAUCUGCUGGUUCCAGUAGGUUAAUGUCUGAUAAAAGAAAAAAGAAUUCAACGCGAAUUUUGUAUACAACUAAAACAAAAACACACGAACAGUCCAAACAUUCAGAAGAUCAUUCCAGAAAAUUACACAAAGACAGUUUAAAUAAUUCUUCAGUUAGAAAAACUAUAAUUGAAAAGAAAAUUUAUAGACAAACUUCAAGAGAUUCUCACAAACAUAAUGUAACUAAUCCAUCCACAGUUUCUGUGACUCCUUUAGAAAAAUCAUUAAAAUUAAUCAAAUUAUCAGAAGAUAAAGAGAAAAAAGAAAUCAAAUUAAAAAAUCGUAUGCAAAAAAGUGCGUCACAGCAUAAACCAAAAUCUGUCAAACUCAAUGAAAUUUCAGGCCUAUCUGAGAAAGAUAAUUUUGAUCUGGAAAAGCGAUUAGCUGGUGAAGGGGGCCACAUGUCAGUAGCUGCUAAAAUACAAGAAUUGAAUGCCCUUAUAAAGAAUGAAAGUGAAAAAUCAAGAGUGACAAUACAAAAGGUAAAAGCGAAAAAAAAUGUAUCUGAAGAAAGGAAGGAUUUAAUACAAGAAAAGAAGAAAGAAGUUCAAAUUAAGGAAGCAACUAUCAUCAAAAAGAGCAAUAUUAAAGAAGGUUGUGGAACAUCCUGGGUGCAUGUUGAAGCAGAUAUUGAUCUUAGUGACCCAAAGGCAAGAGCAAAUCUUCUAGACUCAAUGAUGGCCAGCAGCAGUAGUAGUAAUAGUGAGACAGAAGAAGAAGGUGAAGAUGAAGUUUUAGAACAUAAACAUCAUCAGAGAUUGCAUGCCCUUCACAGAUUUAGGAGACACAAAAAAAGAGCAACAGAUAAAGAUGCUGUUAUAAGUUUUAUUCCUCGUAUGAGGGCUUCAAUCAUAGAUCGUCAUGAUUUCUAUUAUCGUUAUGGAGAAAAGGAAAGAGAAGCAGUGGCAUGCUUUGAUUUUCUAGAUGACAUGUCCACUUCACCAAGUGAUGUUGGUUCUUGUGAACUUCUUGGUCGAGAAGUGGUAGAAAAUAAUAAUAAUAUCAAUCAGUUGGCACAUUCUUGUCCAGACAACACAAUCAAACCAAGUAGAUUUUCACUUGACGAUACUAAACUCUCAUGUAAUAGGAGGCAUGCAAGAGAAAAUCAUCUUUCUACGAUGACGUUGAAUUCUCAAGAUGGGGAAAUCAUCGAUCAUAUCUCAUUAAGCGACUCAUGUGCCGAGAGUUAUUCUUCUUCCACACACAGUCUCAACCACAUACUUUAACUGUAUGGAUCGAAACUUCCAUCAAAAACUCAAUCAUCUGUUAUCGGCAAUAAUAAUGGUGCAAAUUAUAUCAAACUAAGACAAAAGUGCAAAAAUAUUAACAGCAUCAUACAAAAAUAUAUUUUUGUGACUGUGUUCAAAAUGGUGCAACUUGCCUUAAUUCAGGCUAAUGCCAUAUAAAUUUUAAGUGUAAAUACAAGCGUGUGGUUGAUUAAAGAAAACAUUUAGUGAGGAUUGUUUAUCUUCAACUUAAUUAUGUUUAGAUAGACAACUGAUCCAUGUAUGUUAUGUAAGAUUCAAGAUAAGAAAUUGCUGUAAUUUGUCCAUAGAUGUGAUUGCCAAGAAAGAUGGCAUAAUCCUGUAUUUUCUGCAGAAAAAUCUUUUUGUUGUUCUUGUUGUUGUUCUUGUUGUUGUUGUACUGUAUCAAAAAUUUCUACAAUAGACACUUGUAGAGAAUUAUCAUAAUCGUUUUUCUUUUUUUGUUUUUUAAUUUUAUUAGUAGUCCUAUCCUAUUGUCAUGGACUACAGUUUAUUUAUUUAUCAUAUUUUGUUGCAUACUGCCAAGCCUUGAAAACAAGUUUGAAAGAAGACUGAUACAUCUAAGUACAACAUUAAGAAACUGACUAGAAAUCAUAUUUAAAACACCAUAUUCUAAGAUGGACAUUUUUGUAUCUAAUAUGGUGUAUUUUCACAGUAAUUGUAAAUACAUGUCCAUCCAUCUGAAUUUGUAUUUCAUUUUCAUAUCAAUAAAGUUACGCUUCACUGAA